AGUGGGCGCGUCGCUCUUCAUCUCACCGGCAUCAUUCUCAGCCAGAGACGCUUUAUAAUCCUCUGCGCUGCAUAUGCUCUUCUAUCAUUAUAUCAAAGGCUGCCACAUGUGCUUUUAGAAACCAAUGUAGCUUGGGCCAUUCUUUAAGUUUUUUCUUCAUGUAGACCCCCUGUAAUACAUUACUAUGCAUGGUAUCUUCAAGAAUAUAUACAUUUAAUUUAUAGACAGAGGGUCGUUCAAACGCUGGCCGUCGUUGUCCGUUCAAGAGCUUAAUUUUUCUUCUCUCCCGCUUGACUGAAACCAAACGUAGUUUGACUGACUGAAGACACAGCGACUGACGGCUCCAAAAUGGGGUAUGGACGGUCGGACAGCUACCGCGUGGCGACCACGCAGGAAAAAGAUGAGAAGGAGUCUCCUAAAAAGGGAAAGGGAGGGAAAGACCUGGAUGACCUGAAGAAGGAAGUACCGCUGACAGAGCAUAAGAUGUCAAUUGAAGAAGUAUGCCGAAAAUACAGCACUGACAUUGUACAGGGUCUGACUAAUGCCAAGGCGGCGGAGUACCUCGCUCGGGAUGGUCCCAACGCUCUCACCCCACCCCCCACCACCCCGGAGUGGGUCAAAUUCUGCCGACAGCUCUUCGGAGGAUUCUCCAUCCUGUUGUGGAUCGGAGCCAUCCUCUGCUUCCUGGCCUAUGCCAUCCAGGCCGCCACGGAGGACGAGCCUGCCAAUGACAAUUUGUAUCUGGGAAUCGUGCUGUCUGCUGUGGUCAUCAUCACCGGCUGCUUCUCCUACUUCCAGGAGGCCAAGAGCUCGAAGAUCAUGGAGUCUUUCAAGAACAUGGUUCCCCAGCAAGCUUUAGUGAUCCGUGAAGGUGAGAAGCUCCAGAUUAACGCUGAGGAGGUGGUGGGUGGUGAUCUGGUGGAGGUGAAGGGAGGAGACAGGAUCCCUGCUGACCUCAGGAUCAUCUCUGCUCACGGCUGCAAGGUUGAUAACUCCUCUCUGACGGGCGAAUCAGAGCCUCAGACCAGGUCACCUGACUGCACCCAUGACAACCCUCUGGAAACCCGUAACAUCGCCUUCUUCUCCACCAACUGUGUUGAGGGUACCGCUCGUGGGAUUGUGGUGUGCACCGGUGACCGCACCGUCAUGGGCCGCAUCGCUACUCUGACCUCCGGCCUAGAGACCGGAAAGACGCCCAUCGCCAAGGAGAUCGAGCACUUCAUCCAAAUCAUCACUGGCGUGGCCGUCUUCCUGGGCGUCAGCUUCUUCAUCCUGUCAAUCAUCCUGGGCUACUCCUGGCUGGAGGCCGUCAUCUUCCUCAUCGGCAUCAUCGUUGCCAACGUGCCCGAGGGACUGCUGGCCACCGUCACUGUGUGUCUGACGCUCACGGCCAAGCGCAUGGCCCGUAAGAACUGCCUGGUGAAGAAUCUGGAGGCUGUGGAGACUCUGGGAUCCACAUCCACCAUCUGCUCUGAUAAAACCGGCACCCUGACGCAGAACCGCAUGACUGUCGCUCACAUGUGGUUCGACAAUCAGAUCCAUGAGGCCGACACCACGGAAGAUCAGUCGGGUGCGUCCUUUGACAAGAGCUCUGGGACGUGGUUGUCUCUGGCCCGUGUGGCAUCGCUCUGUAACAGAGCCGUGUUUAAGGCGGGACAGGACUCUCUGCCCAUCCUGAAGCGUGAUGUCGCGGGGGACGCCUCUGAAUCGGCUCUUCUCAAGUGCAUCGAGCUCUCCUGUGGCUCCGUCAAAGUCAUGAGGGACAAGAACAAGAAAGUGGCUGAAAUUCCCUUCAACUCCACCAACAAAUACCAGCUCUCAGUGCACGAGACGGAUGAGAAUACUGACAGCCACUACCUGCUGGUGAUGAAGGGGGCGCCAGAGCGCAUCCUGGACCGCUGCUCCACCAUCAUGGUGCAGGGCAAAGAGCAGCCCAUGGAUGAGGAAUUAAAGGAGGCCUUCCAGAACGCCUACCUGGAGCUCGGAGGACUGGGAGAAAGAGUGCUGGGUUUCUGCCACUUGUUCAUGUCUGAGGACAAGUACCCCAAAGGAUUCGCCUUCGACACAGACGACAUUAACUUCCAGACAGACAACCUGUGCUUUGUGGGCCUGAUGUCCAUGAUUGACCCUCCCCGAGCCGCCGUCCCAGACGCCGUGGGCAAAUGCCGCUCCGCUGGAAUCAAAGUCAUCAUGGUGACCGGUGACCAUCCCAUCACAGCCAAGGCCAUCGCUAAAGGUGUGGGGAUCAUCUCUGAGGGUAACGAGACCGUGGAGGACAUCGCCGCUCGCCUUAAUAUUCCCGUCAGCCAGGUCAACCCCAGGGAUGCUAAAGCCUGUGUGAUCCACGGCUCAGAUCUGAAGGAUCUCUCGCAGGACCAAAUGGAUGAAGUGCUGAAGAAUCACACUGAGAUUGUGUUCGCCAGGACCUCUCCCCAACAGAAGCUCAUCAUCGUGGAGGGCUGCCAGAGACAGGGCGCCAUUGUGGCAGUGACUGGUGAUGGAGUGAACGACUCGCCCGCUCUGAAGAAGGCAGACAUCGGUGUUGCUAUGGGGAUCUCUGGCUCAGACGUCUCCAAGCAGGCUGCAGACAUGAUCCUGCUGGAUGACAACUUUGCAUCCAUCGUUACUGGAGUUGAGGAAGGUCGUCUGAUCUUUGAUAACCUGAAGAAGUCCAUCGCUUACACACUGACCAGCAACAUCCCUGAGAUCACUCCCUUCCUGUUCUUCAUCUUAGUCAACAUUCCUCUUCCUCUGGGAACCAUCACCAUCCUCUGCAUUGAUUAUUAUACAUCUCAGGUCCCUGCAAUCUCAUUGGCUUAUGAAGCAGCAGAGAGUGACAUCAUGAAGCGGCAGCCUCGUAACCCCCACAGGGACAAGCUGGUGAACGAGCGUCUCAUCAGCAUCGCCUAUGGACAGAUCGGUAUGAUUCAGGCUCUGGGAGGAUUUUUCAGUUAUUUCGUGAUUCUGGCUGAGAAUGGCUGGCUUCCCAGUGUGCUGGUGGGCAUCCGGCUGAACUGGGACGAUCGCUCUAACAAUGACCUGGAGGACAGUUACGGACAGCAAUGGACGUAUGAGCAGAGGAAGAUUGUGGAGUUCACCUGUCACACGGCUUUCUUCGUCAGUAUCGUGGUGGUGCAGUGGGCCGACGUCAUCAUCUGCAAGACUCGCCGCAACUCUGUGUUCCAGCAGGGCAUGAAGAAUAAAAUCCUGAUCUUCGGCCUGUUUGAGGAAACGGCUCUCGCUGCCUUCCUGUCUUACUGUCCCGGCAUGGACGUGGCCCUCAGGAUGUAUCCUCUCAAGCCCAGUUGGUGGUUCUGUGCAUUCCCUUACAGCUUUUUAAUUUUUGUUUACGAUGAGAUCCGAAAACUUAUCCUGCGCCGAAACCCAGGAGGUUGGGUUGAAAAGGAGACAUACUACUGAAUUGUCAAAUACUUCUCUCAUCGAUUCUCCCUCAUUCCCUCGCUCUCUUUCUUCAUCUCUUUCUCUUUCACAUUCUACCCAUUCCUCUUUUCACUAUAAAAACACCAAUACAGAAACAGCCAUGUUACUCCUUCCUUUUACUGAAAUAAAAAAUAAGAAGAUGAGAGGACCAACCACAGAGGAAGACGACAAACCUCCUGUUUUUUUUCUGCUCAAAGACUACAGCUGAAUCUGCCAGUAUGAUAGGAGUAAGGUUUACUAAUACUGAUAAACACACUGUAACUUCUGUCCUUCUGUAACGUCUGUCCAAACCCAGCAGCUGCAUUUAGACUCGGUCACAGUCGACAGGGACUCCUGUACAAACACUGCCAUGCUAGAUUACUGUUAUCUUUACCGUCCAAAAAUACAAAUAACCUAAAGAUCAUAACUCAUUUAGAAUCUCGCCCUCUGCUGGGGAAAAAGAGGAGCACAGAUUUCCUCACCCCAAUCUGGCACCUGUCUGUCUCCCUUUCUCAAGAGUUUUUUCUUUCUGUGUCGUUGUUGUUGUAUUUUUGAAAGAUGUAUUUAUUAAUCAUUCAUAACUUUUUUGUUUGAUAUUUUUUUAUGUUAGAAGUGUGUCUGAGAGCUGCUUGGUUUCAUUUUUCUCAGACAUGACAAAGCACACUGCCACCCUUUCUCUCUCUCUUUCUCUCGCUCCUCUUUUCCCUCCCCUUUUAUCCCUCCCUCCCCCCUCCCUCCCAGCUCUUGCUCCUUCUGUCCGUCUCUCUGUCCCCGUCUGUUUGUCUGUUCGUGAACGAUGUGAAGAAGCCGCCCUCCUCUAUCCGCCCCCGUUUCCCCUCUUCCCCUGUUAAAAAAAGAGAAAAUACAAUCUUUCUGUGUCCUAGGAAAAAGAGACUUCUCUCUGAUUUCAUUGUUUAAAUAAGUGCAGAAAAAAAUGGAAUAAAAGCAAUGUACCAAUACGUGAAACAACAGCAAAAAAUGAAAUAAAAAAGAAGGAUCUCUCUUUUCUCA